AUGCUGAUGUACCCGGUGAAGAAUCAGCCGUAUGGGGCGCUGAACGCCACCUUCCCGCCGCCCGCGUGCGCCCAGUCCGGGAUUCAGGGUCCCGGCAGUGAGGACUGCCUCUACCUGAGCGUCUUCACCACACAAGCUCCGAACGCCACCCACAACCCCAUGAUGCCAGUGAUGGUGUUCAUCUAUGGCGGUGCCUUCACAAGCGGAGGCUCUUCGCUGUACUACCCCAACAGGCUGCAGAAGAACAAGGACGUGGUGCUGGUCGUGCCGCACUACCGCCUCGGCGUCAUAGGGUUCUUCACCACGCUGACGGACGACGCGCCGGGGAACGCGGGCCUGAUGGACCAGCCACGGACCCGGUCUGACUGGGCUGCUGGUCUGCCGCCAGGUCUGUUUCAUCAGGCCAUCGCCGAGUCUGGCUCAGCGCUCGCCGACUGGGCGUACAACGACAACCCACUGCUGACAAGCGAACAGAUGGCCGACCGGAUCAACUGCACCUUCCGGCCCUUCGACCAGCUGCUGCAGUGCAUGCGAAAUGUUCCCGCCAAGGACCUGGUGCAGCUCACCGACGACUUCACGAGCGCUGAACGACUGGUGGCGCGCAACGGCUUCGACGGAGUGAACCCGGUAGUCCAGCCAUCGACGUUAACCGUGCCGAUCCUGCUGCCCAAAGACCCGCUCGCGAUAUUCGAGGAGGGUACUUACAACAAGGUGCCCACUAUGCAGGGCUGCAACAAGAACGAGGGCUCAUUUGUGUUCGGACUUAUGUACAACGAGUACCUGAAGGUAAAUAACCUCACCGACGACACCGACUUUCUGAAGAAUGACUGCGUCAGAAAGAUGCUAACAGCCUUCCACGUCCUGGACCCCACCGAUGGAGUAACAAAAUCCAUGAUUGAUCAAUACUUCUACUACGUGGAUAACUGGGACAUCAACACCAUGUACCCCGGUUUGGAGGAUCUGACCGGGCUGUUCGGCAUGAAGGCGGGCGCCAAGAAGCAGGCCGACAUGCUGGCCAGGGACGGCGUGGACUCGUGGCUGUACUCGUUCGAGUACCGCGGCCAGAAACAGCAUACCAUGGCGCGGCUCUUCUUCAUCGGCAAUAAGAAGCUUCCGUUCGACACAGGGGUGACUCACGCCAACGAGCUCAUCUACCUCUUCCCCAUCCCGCUGAUGUCGACGCUGAACGCUGAGGAGACGCAAGUCAGCGACACGAUGGUGGAGAUGUGGACCAACUUCGCCUUUGAAGGGAACCCGACACCGCCCGGCUCUGGCCUCACGCACUGGCCGCCCGUCAGUGAGCACGGCUCCUACCUCCAAAUCACCAGCACGCCCACCGUCAAGCACGACUACAGCCAGACCUUCAUCAUCAGCGUGCAGGAUUACAUCAACUCGACCGUCACCACGACGUCGCCGCCGACCACCACGCCGUCCGCGUCCACCACGCCGUCCGCGACCACCACGCCGUCCGCGUCCACCACACCGUCAGCGACCACCACGCCCCCGGCUCCUACCACCACAGGCGAGCCCACCACGAGCACAGAGUCCAACUGCCAGGAGCGUCUGGACAGCCUGGCCGACGAGCGUGACACGUUCCGCGGCGCCACCAUCGGGCUGGCGGCGGUGGCCGGCGUGGCGGCGCUGCUCGCGCUGCUCAUCGCCGCCGUGUUCGUCUCGCGCUCGCGGGCUCGCCUCGGGGCGCGCACGGGCUCCAGAGAGAAUGUCGUCACGUGAGGAGCCGGUCGGCGGCCGCGAGAGCGCUCGCCGCUGGCGCUGAUGACAGGCGGCUCCGGCCAGCUGACGACGCGGGCGCCACGAUCGGAGGGCGGCUGGCCAGCCGAUCGUCCUAUCGGCGGAGCCGGGCCUGUCCAGACCGCAGGAGCAGGAGUGGUGCCUGAGUCCGUGCUUGCGGGGCAAGAUAGUGCUGAUUAGGCGACGGGACAGUCAACGUCUCGCGCCGCUUUGAGGUUUAACGUACCCACUUCUGCCAGUGCAAACCGACUUGCCGCACGAUCGCGAAGCAUCGGACAGCGUCCCUGGGGUCGAUGCUCCAUGCUAGCUGGUGGCAGGACGGCGGCGAUGGAGCCCGACAUCAAUUGCACAACUCCCUGCGGCAUAAUGUCAACUCGCAAUGUCAACUCAUUGAUUCCGACUAAGAUGUGACUCGUGGAGCUCGCGAGCGAGCUGGACUGAGCCGAACGCCAGGAGCGUGAACAGUCGACGAAUACCUGAACAACCACCGAAACCAACU